GGAACCGGCGGGAGGGGGGCGCGGGGGAGGCCGGGCCGGGCCUGGCGGUGGUGAACUCGAACCCGCGCCGUCGCCGCGGCCGGCGGGAGCGGCGCCUGCAGGCCGGCCCGGGGCUCCAUGGACGGGCGCCGCGCCUGGGCUCCGCCCGCGGCACAGGUAAGGCUGGCCUCUCCGCAGUCAGAGGUCUCAGCUCUGCCAUGGGGGUAGGGGUGUCCUUACUGCUGCAGUUUUCUCUGACAUCAGGGGCCUCUCGGAGCAGGCGCUGCAGCGGCCGAAGUACCCCCAGGAGGAGCCUGAAGAAGCCUCCCCCCCAGCUCUGCGGCCUCCGGGCCCAGGACGAGCCCAUGCCGGAGCGGCGCUGCCGGGGCCCCAUGUCCACGGGCCCGACCCAGCCCCGGCUCCCCCCGCCAGGGUCCGCCCAGGAGCCCCCCCCGGCCCCCCGGGAGCGGGAGCCGGAGCCCGGCCGGCUGAGGCCCCGGGGCGGCUCGGCGGCCCCGCGCGGGCCCCACCGCUGCGCCCCGUGUCGCCGGCGCUUCCCGGGCUGGGCGGCCCUGUGGCUCCACGCGCGCCGCUGCCGGGCCCGCCUGCCGCGGCCCUGCCCGGAGUGCGGCCGGCGCUUCCGCCACGCGCCCUUCCUGGCGCUGCACCGCCAGCUCCACGCGGCGGCCGCCGCCCCGGACCGGGGCUUCGCCUGCCACCGGUGCGGCCGGCGCUUCCGCGGCUGGGCGGCGCUGGCCCUGCACCUGCGCGCGCACCCGGACGCCCGGAGGCCCAUCGCCUGCCCCGCGUGUGAGAGACGCUUCCGGCGGCCCCGGCAGCUCCGCGCCCACCUGCGCCGGCGCCACCCCCCGGCCCCCGAGGCCCGGCCCUUCAUCUGCGGCAACUGCGGCCGCAGCUUCGCGCAGUGGGACCAGCUGGUGGCCCACAAGCGGGUGCACGUGGCCGAGGCCCUGGAGGAGGCGGCGGCCCGGGCCCUGGGGCCCCGGCCGCGGGGCCGCCCGGCGGUGACCGCCCCGGGGCCCGGCGGGGACGCGGUGGACCGGCCGUUCCAGUGCGCCUGCUGCGGGAAGCGCUUCCGCCACAAGCCCAACCUGAUCGCCCACCGCCGCGUGCACACCGGGGAGCGGCCGCACCAGUGCCCGGAGUGCGGCAAGUGCUUCACCAACAAGCCCUACCUGACCUCGCACCGGCGCAUCCACACCGGGGAGAAGCCCUACCCGUGCACCGAGUGCGGCCGCCGCUUCCGCCACAAGCCCAACCUGCUGUCGCACAGCAAGAUCCACCGGCGAUCCUCCGAGGGCUCCGCGGCGCCGGGCCCCCGGAGCCCCCGGCCGCCGCCGCCGCCGCCGCCGGCGAUGGCCGCCGCCCCGGGGCCCCGCGCCGAGCCGGCCCCCGCGAAGCCGGCGGUGGCGGCGGGCGGGCCCGUGCCCGCGGGCCCCGGCGCCGCGCCCCCGGCGCUGUUCGGCUGCGCCGAGUGCGGGCGCAGCUUCCGGUUGGAGCGCUUCCUGCGCGCGCACCAGCGGCAGCACUCGGCCGCGCGGCCCUUCGCCUGCGCCGAGUGCGGCAAGCUCUUCGGCAAGAAGACGCACCUGGCGGCGCACGCGCGCGUGCACUCGGGCGAGCGGCCCUUCGCCUGCGAGCAGUGCGGCCGCCGCUUCUCGCAGGGCAGCCACCUGGCGGCGCACCGGCGGGACCACGCGCCCGAGCGCCCCUUCGUGUGCCCGGACUGCGGCAAGGCCUUCCGCCACAAGCCCUACCUGGCGGCGCACCGGCGCAUCCACACCGGCGAGCGGCCCUACGCCUGCCCCGACUGCGGCAAGGCCUUCAGCCAGAAGUCCAACCUGGUGUCGCACCGCCGCAUCCACACCGGCGAGCGGCCCUACGCCUGCCCGGACUGCGACCGCAGCUUCAGCCAGAAGUCCAACCUCAUCACCCACCGCAAGAGCCACAUCCGCGACGGCGCCUUCUGCUGCGCCAUCUGCGGCCAGACCUUCGACGACGAGGAGCGGCUCCUGGCCCACCAGAAGAAGCACGACGCCUGAGCCGGGCCGGGCCGGGCCGGGCCGCGCCGGGGCGCGCAGGGGGCCCCCGCGCCCCGCGCCCCGCGCCCCGGAGAAGUAGCAAUAGCAGCUCUACGGACGGACGGACCCUUAGAGCCGGAAGGGAGCCUCUGCGUCCCCUGGUGUUAACGCCUUAAUGUCCCCGUCUUUACUCAGAGUUCCUUCAGGUCACUUUGGGAAGUAGGUGUGGUGUAGAGUCCUUAGGAGGUGAACAGUUCAGGGGUGUGUGUGGGGGGACCUGCUGACCGCACCCGGCGGUGGGGGGAGGACAGGGAGGGCGGGGAAGGGCGGGCAGGCAGAGCCCUUACCGGUCCCCUCCCUCGCUGCCUCCUUCCUGCGCCCAGCCCGCGAGCUCUCCCACCUCCCCCCGAAGCCCCAGGCCAUCCUCCCCGCGGUCCGGUCCGGCUUUAUCCAAGGCCUAACCCGGUGCCCAGCGCUUCCCUGGCUGCUUCAUCCAAAGCCCCAGCCGCCCCCCCCCCCCUCGGGGCGCCCUCGGGCAGGACCAGCGCUCUGGGGGCCUCAGGGUUAGAGGGCAGGCCUGGGCGAGCUUUCAUUCCGUGGCCAUCAGAUUUGAUGCCAGCUUCCAACAGAGCCCCCGGGAUGCCGGCGGGCCACCUCUGGAGGGAGCCCCCCGGUUCUAUCGUAGGAUGAGUCUAAUUGUUAGAAGUUCUCCCGUAGAAUGGUCAGAUUCUGCUUUCCUGUGAUUUCUACCCACUCACUGGGCCUUGCUUUGCCUCUGGAUCAAAACUGAACAACCACUCACCUUCCUUUUCAAACUAGAGAAUAAAGAUUUGGUUUUAGAAA